AAAAAUAGUGGUUCAGUUGUUUCAACGCAGUGAGUUUGGAUAGAUCGCCAUGAGUUUAGCUGGUAAAGUUGUUAUUGUAACCGGAGCAAGUUCCGGCAUUGGUGCCAUCACAGCUGAGGAAUUCGCCAAGCAAGGUUCCAAAGUGGUGAUCACAGGACGAAACGAAGCUAACUUGAAAGCUACGGAAGCUGCCUGUAAAGCAGCCAACAGCAAAGUCGAACUACUACUCAUCACCGCUGAUGUCACAGUUGAUGCGGAACGCAUUAUAAACUCGACAAUUGACAAGUUUGGUCAGUUAGAUGUGUUGGUGAAUAAUGCCGGUUAUGGUGAAGGAGGUUCAAUUUUGGAUAUUAAUGUCGAUCAAUAUGAUAAAAUUUUUGAUACCAAUGUGCGCGCAGUCUUCCUGCUCACUAAAUAUGCCGCACCACAUCUGAUUAAGACACAAGGUAAUAUCGUGAAUGUCUCCAGCGUAGCAGGAUUGCGUUCAUUCAGUGAUCUCUCGGUAUAUUGCACUUCCAAAGCGGCAUUGGAUCAAUUCACCAGAUGUAUCGCCUUGGAUUUGGCGCCGAAAAAUGUGCGUGUGAAUGCCGUAAAUCCUGGAUUGAUUGUGACAAAAUUCUAUCAGGGUUUUGGGAUAUCGGAAGCAGAUUAUGCUAAAUAUUUGGAGCACUCGAAGUCUACGCAUGCACUGGGUCGCGUCGGCCAACCGAAGGAAGUGGCCGAUGUCAUUAUUUUCCUUGCGAGUGACAGUUCAAGCUUCAUAACGGGCGCAACUCUGCCGAUCGAUGGUGGCAAACACGCCAUGUGCCCGCGUUAAUAUUUUUUACAAAUGUAAUUUAGUAUAAUUAAACGCAUUCAUAAUAUAUAUAUAUA